AUGAAUGUUAUCCUUGGUUGUACCUUAGUAAGUGAUAAUAAUACUAUAUCAAAUAUAAUUUUAGAAGAAGAUGAUGAAAUUAAACAAAUGAUUGAAGAAUAUGUAAAAUCAAAGAAUUUCUUGAAAAAGAAUGUACCUUUGAUUAUAAGAUUGCUUGAAUCUAAAUACAGUUAUGUAUCUAUAGAUGAAAUUAAUUCAAUAGUAAGACAAUUAAAUAUUAAUUUUAAGAAAAAACAAAUCAAUAGUGAAGAAAAUUUAGAUAAUGAAAAUUGUAUUAAAGAUUUUAAAAAGUAUAUUCAUAUUACAUAUAAUAAAAUGUUAAAAAGAUUUGGCAAAUUGAUAGUUAAAAAAAUUAAAGGCAGUGGUAAAGUUAAAGAUAAUCUACUGUCUUUAUUAUAUUUACCCAGGUAUUGUAUUGAUGAAUUUUUAGUCUCGUUAAAGGAAAAUCAAUGUGAUAUUAGUUUUUCUAAUAAUGAAUCUCUAUUAGAAAUUUAUAUGGAUUUUUUGUCAAUUUAUGAAUUUUAUAAAGACGUAAUUUUUUUCUAUGAGAAGUUAAGAUUUCUUAUUGUUCCAAUAAUUAAAGUCAAAGAGAGAAUGUUAAACUCUCGUAUUUUUAAAAGUAAAAGUGUACUGAAUUCAUUUAAAUUUGAUGGAAUAUACUCUCCUGUGAUAAAAGAGUCUUUAUGUGAGGAAGUUUUACAUUGUAUUUUAAGAAUGAACAUUAGAAAAGAAACGAGUAUUGAAGAUAAUAAAAAAUUUAAAAAUUAUUGCAAAGAAUUUUCUAGAAACGUUGUAGAAAUAAUCAUUUUAAUCGAAAAGUAUAAUAAUUCUUAUAACAACAGUUUGACUAGUUUUACAAUUGACUCUUGUAUUUUUAAAUAUAUUGAUAAUAAUAAUGAUUCGUUAAAAAAAGAAAUUCAACAACUAAAUAUAAAAUUAUCAAAUCAUCUUUUUAUAGAAAGUAAAAGAUAUAAUACAGAUUUAUAUUAUUGCAUGAAUUACUUUUAUUCUUUAUAUUCAAAUAUUUGUAUUCCUUUCUCUUUUUAUAGAGAAAGAGAUACUGUUUUAGAAAAUAACGAAGAAGUAGAAAAUGAUCAAGGUAUUGUCUGUUUUGAUCUAAUAAUUAUUUCAUCAAGAAUUAUGAAAGGUUAUUGUAAAAUUUUACUUAUUUUAUUCAAUCCGUCAUUGACAAGAUAUUUAAUUAGUUAA